AUGAUGUUCCGUGCUACAGCUCUGCGCAGCGCCGCUGCCUCCGUUGCCCGUGCCGGCGCCGUCCGCCCUGCCGUCUCUGCUUCCGCCGUCGCCAGAUUAGCUACUCGCCGUGUUGCGCCCACCGCUUGGGCUCCCAGGACCGCUGCCCCCUGGACUGCUGUCCGCUUCUACGCUUCUGCUGGUGGUCUUGACAAGCCCCAGGUCGAGGGAAGGAUUAUCUCUUUGCUGCAGAAGUUUGACAAGGUCAACGACCCUUCCAAGAUCCAGCCAACAUCGCAUUUCGCCAACGACCUCGGCCUGGACAGCUUGGACACCGUUGAGGUUGUCAUGGCGAUUGAGGAGGAGUUCAGCAUUGAGAUCCCCGACAAGGACGCCGACCAGAUUCACAGUGUGGACAAGGCUGUUGAGUACAUACUCAGCCAGCCUGAUGCCAACUGA